AUGGCCAGAUCCACCGCCAGAAAAACCAGAGGACAUCAAAGCCCAAUCUCCAGAAAGAAAUCACAUUCCAGCACCAAUUCUGGCCAUAGAAAUUAUUCACUCUACAUAAGCAGGGUCCUAAAGGAAGUGGUUCCCCAGAGGGGCAUAUCAUCUCGCACCUUGGACAUCAUGAACACCCUGAUCAAUGACAUCUUUGAGCUCAUUUCUAUGGAAGCCUGCAGCCUGAUGCGCUUCAGAAAUCGCUGUACCCUCACCCCCGAAGAUCUCCAGAAGGCAGUGUACUUAGUGUUGCCUGCGAAACUAGCUAAGUAUGCGGUGGCUUUUGGAAGUGAAGCUGUCCAAAGAUAUGUCCACUCCUAUACUCCAUAUACCAGCUUAAUUAAAUCUUGGGGAAAGUAA